CACAGAUUCAUAUUUGUCGUAGUCCGUAUACAGAUUAUACUUCUUUUCAUAUGACUUAAUAGAGGGCUUUUUGUUUUAUUUUAAUUUAUUUUUUGGUUAAAAUUAUGGGUAAUGGGAAUAAUGUGGCCAUGAAUGAGAGAAAGCGUACAUCAAAAGAUGAAAAAAAGAUCGACUCAAAAGUUAAAGAACACACGCCAGAAGACGAUGGCGCUGAAAGUAAAUCAACUAAUAUGACGAAGUCCUCAAUGAAGGAGUACGCCAAAAGGGAUUCAAUGCCAUAUCAAAAGGGAGACAGAGUAUUGGCAAAAGUAUCUAGAUAUCCGUGGUGGCCUGGUCAAAUCAUUCGUUAUAAACCUAUGAAUCGGGACGGUAUAACAAUUGAAAAGUCCCAAGAACAUCUUUAUAAGGUUCAGUUUUUUCCAAAUCUUGAUUUCGCUUGGGUAAAACAAACGGGGUUAAAGCCUUUAACAAAUGAGGAUAUCAGUAACUUUUUAGCUUCUUUGAAGAAAAAAUCAAAGUAUUUAAAAGAGGCGUAUGAAGCAGCAUGUGAGCCGCCCGACAUCGAGAGUGAGGAAUCUACUGAAGAGGAAAAAGAACCAUGCGAAAGUGAAGACUCAGCAGGAGACAGCAAUUAUUUAAUGAAUAAGAAAAAAAGGAAAAACUUUGAAGAAUCUACCACUGAAACCAAUACGGAUCUUUCUAGUCCAUUAAGCACAAUGUCGUCAAUCUCAUCCAUAUCGGAAAUGUAUGGUAAAUCGGCCACAUCGUCCAAAGUUGACUUGAUAAAUUCUAAGUUAACUAAAAACGUUGAUAGGGCCAAUGAUAAAGGUAAGCUUCCUAUUUCGGAUUCCAAUCACAGAGGACGAUUGUCGCCCUUGAAUUCUUUAAGUAGCGAAAUGAAAACAUUGAUCCAGAGGCUACUUUACUUUCGAUUCAAAUUACAAAAACUCUUUCUGUCGUCGAAUAUUACUUUUGAAGAAGACGACCUGUAUCAGGCUAAAGUAUAUUUGAGGGCAAUUGAGGAUUUCCCAUAUCUUAACUAUGAAAUGAUCGUUUCAACGAAGAUAGCCAAAGUCUUGAAACGGAUCGCAUUACUUGAUGAUUUACCUAAGGAUGAAAUAUUUUGUAUUCGAGGACAGUGUAAAGACAUUUUAUAUUAUUGGAAACAGAAUAUGUCAAUCUCGAUGGAAAGCAGUCCAGCAAAUAGCCUCACUGAAGUUGAAAACUAGACUAAAAAAUAGAAAAUACAUCUAGAGUUUCUAUAAAAAAGAAACUCGUCCGAUUUGAAAAUAUGACUCAGGUUGUAAAACAAUAGAUAUUAUCCAAAUGACUUGAUGAGUGAC